AUGCCGUGGUUAUUUGAAUCGUGGUAUAUGGAUGUUCCAAUUGUAACACGGCUUUUUAUUACAGGAGCAGUUGCAACAAGUGUCGCAGUGCAAUGCAAUUGGGUGACGCCGUUUCAGCUAUUUUUUUCAUGGCACUCAGUUAUUAUUCGUAAACAGUAUUGGCGCCUUGUAACAACAUUUCUAUAUUUUGGAAAUCUGAGCUUUGAUUUUCUUUUUCAUAUAUUUUUUAUUGCACGGUAUUGUAGGAUGCUUGAAGAAACGUCGUUUCGGGGACGUUCAUGGGAGUUUGCAUGUCUUUUGUUAUAUGCAACAACAUCGUUACUAAUUCUGUCUCCACUAGUAUCUCUUACGUUUCUAGCAUCACCGCUCUCGUUUUGCUUGAUAUAUCUUUGGUCACGUAGAAAUCCAUCGGUUCGUUUGUCUUUUCUUGGGUUGUUUGUUUUUAAUGCGCCAUAUUUACCGUGGAUUUUGUUAUGGUUUUCAUUUAUUCUUCAUAACACUAUCCCCAAGGGGGAUCUUCUUGGUAUGUUUGUUGGCCAUAUUUAUUAUUAUCUUAAGGAUGUGAUGCCAACAAUUUCUUCAUAA